AACCAUCCGCAAAGUGUCACACAGACAGCUGUGGGCGGAGCGAAGGAGGCGACCGAACAGCAAUGUCAAGAAGUUGUUAAGAGAGUCUUCACUGUCGCGUCCUUUUUAGCAGAAUAAAAACAAACAAACAAACAAUAGAUAAACAGUGGUGUCGACGGAGAAGCGUGUGUCGGACCCGGACACAACCAUGGAAGGUGUGUAUGGAGGAUGGGGCCUGAACCCACUCCACCCAGUCCAAACAGCGAACCCCUUCAUAGAGAUCAUCGAGCAGCCGAAGCAGAGGGGCAUGAGGUUUCGCUAUAAGUGUGAGGGCCGCUCGGCCGGCAGCAUCCCCGGAGAGAAGAGCAACGACACCACUAAGACCCACCCAGCCAUCAAGGUGCACAACUACAGCGGCCCACUGCGUGUUCGCAUCUCGCUGGUGACGAAGAACACGCCGCACAAGCCCCACCCCCACGAGCUGGUGGGGAAAGACUGCAAGCAUGGAUACUACGAAGCAGACCUGCAGGAGAGACGAAUACACAGUUUUCAGAACCUGGGCAUACAGUGUGUCAAGAAGAAGGAUGUGGUUGAGGCCAUCACUUGUAGGCUGCAGACCAAUAACAACCCCUUCAACAUUCCCGAGGCGAAGGUGUGGGAGGAAGAGUUUGACCUGAACUCAGUUCGGCUUUGCUUCCAGGCCUCCAUCACUCUGCCUACAGGGGAGCUGUUCGCUCUGGAUCCAGUGGUAUCACAGCCCAUCUAUGACAACAGGGCUCCAAACACUGCUGAACUGAAGAUCUGCAGAGUUAACCGCAACUCUGGAAGCUGCAAAGGAGGAGAUGAAAUCUUUCUGCUGUGUGACAAAGUGCAAAAAGAAGACAUCGAAGUGCGAUUCUUCCAGGACACCUGGGAGGGAAAGGGGACUUUCUCCCAGGCUGAUGUCCACAGGCAGGUGGCCAUCGUGUUCCGCACGCCGCCAUACCGCGACACUAACCUCAGCAAGCCCAUUAUCGUCAAGAUGCAGCUGCGCCGGCCCUCUGACCGCGAGGUCAGCGAGCCCAUGGACUUCCAGUACCUGCCUGCUGACCCAGACGAGUACAGGCUGACUGAGAAGAGAAAGCGUACAGGGGACAUGUUCCAGAGCCUGAAGCUGGGGCCGAUUCUAUCUACUGUGUCCAUCCCACAAGAGAGACGGCACAUAAGCCCGGCCAGGAGAACAGUCACAGCCACCAGGCCUCCAUCAGUGAAUUCAGUAGCUGCAGCUGUGGUGCCGCCUGCUGCCAGUGGAGCCAAACCCCAGCCUUCCUACCCAUAUCAACAAAGCCAGCCCUUCUCAGUCCAGCCCAAGGUGGAGGCCUCCCCCUCCAUCUCCGCUGCGACUACAAACCAAACAUGGAGGUUCAUGGAGAGCCUGAGCCUGGGCACCCAGCCCAAAGCCACUCCAGUGACCAGCUUCACAAUGAGCCAGGUACCAGCCCCCUGCUCCUCCACCACCACUUCCACCGCCAACCAGGACUACUCUACCGUCAACCUGUCAGACCUUCACGAGUUCUUCCCCAACAUCUCCUCGGCCAUGGUCCAGGAGCCGGUACCUUCUCAGGGGAGCGCGGCCUACCCAAUGAGCAGCAGCUCCUUCAACCUCCAGGGCUCUCAGUUCCGAGUAGACGCACCACUCGUGGACGACGACAUCCCAGAGUUCCCUAGCUUUUCCGAAACCCAGGCCCCAGGUGCUCUAGACAACCUAAACAUGGACGACUUUGAGGACCUUCUGAACCCCGACCUCAUGGGCGAGAGUGGAAACAGCGCCUUGAUGUUGGCUCAAGCUUCAUGCCAGCAAGCGGCCCCUCCCAGCUCUUCAACUGCUGCCCACAGUGUCGCAAGCCAGAACACUUCUGACCCCGCCAGCGCCCCAGGAAGCACCUGGAUGAAUUACCCCAACAGCAUCGCCAAAAUGCUCCAGAACGAGGGCAUGAUUGACAUCUCCACCCACAACAACAACAACAACCACCGGCCUGCUGUGCUGGAUGAGUUCGAUGAGCUGAUGUCUGCUGACGAAGAUCGUCUCAUUUCCAUUUUUAAUAGUGGAAGCCAGGCUGGCUUUGUGUCAGGACACCAGACUUAAACUUUGUCCAUGUGAUUUUUUUUUUUUAACGGACAUAUUUACAUAGACCACUUAUAUCUGCCCUUUUAAGCUUCAGAACUACAAGUUCUUUGUUGUUAUGAAGACAACAAAGGAAUAUGGUGGAUAUAAUAGGGCUGUAAGAGGCAGAAUGUAGCAGAACU